AUGCGAGUACUCGAAGAUGUCGAAUCAUUCCAAUCGAAAUAUAUCUCGGUUUGUGAAGCAUUACGAAAAUCGUUAUCGCAAAAUAUAUUACCUAUGAUUGGUCCAAUUGCUGAUGCUGAACGUCUGUAUGAACAAAGUUUUCAGGAUAUAAUUAGUUUAACAUUUCCCCUGUAUUAUAUACGAAUACCAGCAGUGAAUCAAGUACGAUCGAAUGUUCUACUUGAAUUCUAUGAAAAAUAUAAAUAUCUGGGAAAUGCAUCCAUGCUGGAAGAUUACAUGGAAUACGGGUUAUCGUUGAUGAAUUACGAUGUCGACUUGGUACCAGCUUUGAAACUGGAAUUUUGGCCAGAUGAUAUGAAAAUAUUUCUGAAUAGAAUUCAAAAUUCUCGACCUAAACUAUAUGAAAUCAUUCUUGAACAAGCAUCCAUGCAUCUCAUACCGAAAUGGUCUAGUAAAACUCAGGAAGUCGAUCAAGAACUCGAAUUUCGAUAUUCAUUUUCAGCAAUUGAACGUCUAUUGGCUAAGAAUCGUACACGAGUAGAACAAAUUCUAAAUGGUGUUGCACGAAGUAUUUAUCAUCGAUGUUUGAAGAAAGAACCUUGUCUCGAAGAUCAUACGAAAACCAUUGUACCAUCCUAUUUUACCAAAACAACAGUAUUAUGGAUGUGUGAAUUGUACAAUUUGAAUGAUCUUUGUUCUGAGACAGACGAUGAUCAAACCAUUGCUAAUAUCAUGGCAACAGAAUGGUUGAGCUAUGUCAGAGAAAAAUUAUGUUCGGGUUAUUGUCCACAUUAUUUUAUCGAUUCUUUCAAUCUCUUAGAAACAUGUUCGUUGGCAUCGUUAACUCGAGCAGCAUCUAUUCUAGAACAUGAAGUUCGUUUGUAUGAGGACGUUAAAAUCAAUGUUUUAAUUAAACAGGACGAAUUGAUGGAUAAACAACAACAAACAACAGAGAAUUGGCUACAAAAUAUGAAAGUGAAAGAUAUUUUAGCUGCAGUGAAUGAUUAUCGGCUGAUGAGAGAAAAUUGGCUCUGUCCACCAGAAAAAAACCAAGAUGAAGGUGAUGUGUCCGAUUGUUUUUAUACUUUGAAUCAAUUACGAGCAUUAGACGGUGAUAAGCAACAGAACUGGAACACAUAUCAACGUUUAUUUUUGACAGUUGAUCAAUCAACUUGGUUACCACCCAUAUGGGACGAACAAGUAGCUGAAUGUUCUGUAUGUGAUUUCGUUGAUGGUCUUAUCGCAUUAGGUUUAUUCAUGAAACAGAUCCUAGAGGGCAUGAAAAAAUCAGACAUUGAACAAACAAUGGCUAGAAAUAGCCGUGAAAUGGAAUUCUUUUCCACACAGAAUCUUGUCAAUGAUCUGAUUCAACCAGGCAAUAUCGUUCAAAAUGGUUUAAUGACAUCGUGGUUACCUAUGUUCACUUGUUCCUAUUUCAAUCAAUCGUUAACAAAUGUACCAUCGAUUCGACAACGUUCAAUCAUUGCUAAUCAUCCUACUGGGCCGCUUCAAGACCUUCUACAAGGUCGAACAUGUCCGACACCUUUAGAUCCCCAAUCACGACAAACAUAUCAACAAUAUGCUCAAAAUGCCUCAUAUAGAUUUCUGGAUCUUCUGAGUGAUGCUCCUAAUAUCGAUAUGACGUUGGGAGAUUUAUUGAAAUAUUACGAUCGGCCAUCGAGAACAAACGAGCCUGUCAUAACAUCAUCCAUCGAAGAACAAAUUCUUUUACAUGCAACAAAUUCUUCCUCAGUGAAUAAAGAAAGUAUUACACUAAUUGUUUUCGAUCCUAAUCUUACUAUGAAUAAUAUAACAGAUGAAGAGUAUCGUACUAUCAAUGAUUAUGUGUUAAUUUAUGGAGUGAAGUCUCAAUUACUUACCUACGUGCAAUCAAUCAGUGAAGAAUCUAUUUUCAUAAUUCUUUGUCAAUCGUCAUCCGAUGAAGAGUUUCUAUCUCAAUUAAACGAUUUGAAUCAGAUUCAUUCCAUUUUCAUUUAUUCUGUACAACAAGUGGUUGAUGAUCAGCUCACGAGCAAAUAUUCAAAAGUAAUUGGUACCUUUACAGAACAAAAAGUAUUAUUGGAACAAGUUCGAACAAGCAUCGAACAACCGUUUGCACUACGAUUUGGAUUUUAUGAUCCACAGCAACAAUUGACAAUGCAUACAAAAUUAUCCAAAGAGAGUCUCAUAUUUUUCUGGAAUUUAUUAUUGAAAGAUCUAUUAAUGACAGAACAACCAAUAGAUAGAAGUUUUCUCAUACAGGAUUGUCGAGAAUAUUAUCGUCUAAAUACUGUCGAAAUGGAAAAUAUCGAACAAUUUGAAAAGACAUACGAUUCUCGUAAUCCUCAUGAAUGGAUAAUCAUCAAUUUAGGUGUUACAUUUAAACUAAACUCACUUGAUUUCGAUGAUAAAUUGGGAGUCUGGAUUGCUCGCUUGGUUUUCAGUCAUGAAGGAGUACAAAUCGCACAAAAUUAUAUUGCUGUGGAACAACAGACAAUGGAACGAAUGACAUUACCAUUGAUAAUAGCUAAUUUAUUACUGAAAAUGAAUGAUUUGUCGAUGACGAAAAAUUAUUUAGAUAGUUUGAAAAAUGAAGAUGAAGCUCUCAUCCAUCACUAUUAUGGAAAUCUACACUAUAAAAAAGGCGAAUAUGAAUUAGCACUCGAGAAUUUUCAAAUAGCUUAUGAAUUGAUGAUUGGUAAUGGACGGAUUCAAGAUAGUGCCUUAGUCUUACAUGAUAUUGGCUAUGUUUAUGAUAGGAAAAAAGAGUUCAAUGAUGCCUUAGAUAGUCAUCGAAAAGCCUUGGAAAUUAGACAAACCUAUUGUCCGACAAAUGAUGCUCGUAUAGGUAUUAGUCUAUAUAAUAUUGGUCGUACACUUGUGAACAUGGAUGAUAAUAGUCAAGGACAUUAUCAAUGGGUUAUAUAG